AUGUCAAAGACUGAUCCCCAGCACUCCAUAGACCUUGCUGGGUCCGAUCAAAAGCGCUCUGUGGCCUCUCGCAUGAGCACUCGAGUCAUCGCGAGAGCUACGGUCAGUAAGAGCAAGUUACGACGCCGUGUCAAGGUUAUGCUCCAAGGAUGCGGCGGUGUACAAUUAGCCGCAUCCUACUUCUACGUGGAGUACUCGAUUAGCUCCUCGACCCGAGCUGGCGAGAUGCUGAUGGUGUAG